CCUCAGCUGUUUUGCUGUUUACUUUUUGCGACUAUUGUGUGUAAACAGUUUCAUCCAUUUUUACGGCAGUGCGAGAAUUAUUUCGUGAAUUUAACUUCUAAUUGUGUUAAGUAAUCAUACUUUCUAUCUCCGAAGCUCACGUGCAUUGAUGGUUAGACAUUUUUAUUCCGUCUCCGUAUCAACUCGAUUAACGACUCAACAUUUGAGAGUGGCAAAAUUUGUCAGACCUUGAUUGAUUUACGUAUUAAGAUAAUGUUCUAGUUUCUUUGUUCUCAUGCUCUUUCGUUGGUUCGUGAUAUGAAUUUCUGUCGCGAAUCAAGAUCAUUUAAUGGACAAUUUACUCUCGGUCUAGGUGCUCUUUCAAUUUUUUCCGUGGUUUUUCGUUUCUUCGUGUUAUGCACGCUCUCCUAGGUUGCCUUCAUUUUCUUCAUGCAGUGCCUGAAAGUUCAUUGUUAUGAGAUUGUAAGCUCAACCAAUAGUUGUUUCUCCACUUCACACUUCAUUGAGCUAACACCUUCAAGAACUAAUGCACAAUCAUGAUUCUUCAUUCACUCUCAUGGUUUUGUAGCUAGAAAGUGCUGUAAGCUGAGGUAGAGGAGAAGAAAAUGAAAAGUUAUGGUAUAUGAUAUUUGACAGCUUUGAAACGGGGGGUAAGAUGUUGUACGUUUUCCAUGUAGACACUGGCUGUAUGCUGACCUUUGAAAUGAAUCUUGCACUUGAAACGGUGGUGCAACUAAAGCAGACCAUUGAACUUGAGUGCAGUAUUCCAGCUGAUAAACAAGUUUUGCUUGUGAGUGGCGGGGAAUGCCUCGAUUCAGAAGCAAGAGUUGGCAGUUACUCUGCUGGAACUGAUACGAAUCCAAUUUUUCUGUUCAGUAAGAGCACAAUUGAAUCUCCAACACCUCCAACUCUGUGCCAUGACUUUGGCUCUGAGGUGGAGCUUAAAGAGAAAGUGGAUGCCUCAAAUAAUUUGCCUCCAACUAUUCAUGCUGUGGUCGUGAGAUCACAGCUUGCGCAGCAGUUUUAUGAGUUAGCUCGUGAUCAGACCAAAAUAUGUGAGGACCUUGUUCAUGAUCAACAUUUGCAGCAGCUAGGGUGGUCAGCAGUAAUUGCAAAUUUAGAUGAUGUUUUAUUAGCAUUCAAGCAGCGUUGUGAUCUCUUCGAACAAAGCUUUUGUCAAUACUUAGAAACAAAAGAUGAUUACGCUAAAUUGUUAGAUUCGUUCAAAGACGACCUGGAGACUUUAUCCCACAUCCCAAUUUUACCCUCUCUGUUGGAUGAAAAUGAUGAGGAACGCGGGAGAGUUGAAAAACUAGCGGAAAACAAAGGAAGUGAUGUUUCUCUGUUGGAAUGGAUUGCAGCAAAAGAUAAUCAAAGUAGUCUUGAACAAUUAGCAGAACAAUGCCACCGAGGACUUGAACAAUUUCGUGAAGACAUCCUCAUACAGUUUAAACAAGAAAUUGCCAAAGCAGUGGAAACAGCCAACUCAGUUGACCUCCGAGAAAUCAAAGGUCUGGAAGGGCGACUGUGCGGUCUUGAACAGCUAAUGAAUGAAGUGAAAAAGAUUGUUCAAGAACAAAUGGAUCUGGCUCAAGCAUUCUCUCAGAAUCAGGUUCGAGCCUGCAAUUUGGGGGACACUUCCAUUUUACCUGAUCUUUGCACGUCACAUUGCCGUCAAUUAGAGGUUAUGCUGAUGAAUCAUCAGAAAAUACGUGACAUAAGACGGCGCUGCAACCGAGCGAAAGAAGAACUCUCUGUCAACCUCUAUCAUCGUUUGAAGGGUGUCAUGUUUGUUGAGAAUCGUAUCUGUGAAAUGGAUAGCCGUCUAGUUCUUCAUCAUGAAAACUUGAAGCGCCUCCGCAAACAUCUGGAAGUUGUGCAACAGUUACAUCAUGCUCCUCGAAUGUAUUUAUCGGCUGUCAGUGAAGUUGUCAGGCGCAGAUCAUUCUCCGAGGCUUUUUUAGUUUGGGCGAAUGAAUUGGCUUGUCAGCUUUUAGCAGUGCAUUCUGAAGAAAUCGAAAGACGCAAUAAUUUUCAGGCUGAAUUCGAAGGUCAUUUUCUCAGUUCUCUCUUUCCCGGCUUUGAAGACCAACCGCCAUCUUUUGCCACCCAAGCACCAACUUUAUUUGAUCGCAAUUUACCCAAGUUAUCCAUAGAUGAUAUGGAACAAUUACGGCAUGAUUUACCGCAGAAUUUAGCCAUGUCAGUGACUCUUCCAGAUAUUAAUAGUAUCACUCAGUUCUUCAGCACUUCCUCGGAGCCCCUGUUGAAACAAGUUGGGAAGAAUAUUAAACGCUCCUUUGAAGAACAGUUGGUGGAUGUUACCAGUGUUGCCGAUAUUGUAGGUGAUGAUAUUGGAUCGAGCGCUAUGCAGCCUGACAGUCAAACAAGUGGUCAAAGUGGUGGAAACACGCAACCCAUCACAGACAGGGGUUUUGAAUCUGAAACUGAUACAGAAGAAUUUGAGAAAGUCGAUCAGUCUCCAACAGAUUUGACGUUUGAUGCAAAGCAGAGAGGAAAAUGUAAAAAGCGUAAUUGUGAUAUUUUAAAAAAUGAGGGUUCAUUAAUGCCAUCCAUGGAUAGUCUAAACUCUUUUAGGAUUGCUGCAAGGAAAGUCAUAAUUGAUUUGCGCAAUGAGCUCAAAACAGUCAAAGAUUAUGUCAUAUCUCAGCAAGCUAUGCUGGAUGACAUGAAAAAAUUAGAAACAGCUUAUUCUUCAGUUUGCCAGAUUAAAGAUUCGCAAGUGCUCACCCUUCAAAAGGAAAUCGAAGGCAAGGAUGAUCACAUAGCAGAACUAACUGAACGAAUGAAUAAACUUGAAACGCAAAUCAGUGAUUUUGUUGUGUUAGAAGAGAAGUUUAAAGAAGAAAUUGAAACUAGUAAGCAGAAACUAUUGGACGAGAAAGAAGCAGCUCUGAAGGAACUCGGUGAUCGAUUAAAUUUAGAUCACAAAAGAGAAAUGGAAGGUCUCAGAUCUAGGUAUCGUCUGUAUGCUUGCACAAAUAUGGAAAGAAGUCCAAGUGAUAGUAGUUUGGAAAAAAUAGAGCAGCGUUCUGAUGUAAUCGAAAUAGCGAAUCAUGAAAAAAUAAUUUCCCAGUUGCAAUCUGAUUUCAUGAUGGAAAAAGAAAAGCUUGUCUCCGAAGAGAGAGAAAAAUGGGUAACUAAAUUAGAAGAAGCUAAAGUCAAAUCAGAUGCUGAGCGACAGGUAUGGUUCAAUGAAGCAAUGCGUCGGGUAACAGCAGAGAAAGAGAGACAGCUAGAAAGAUCCCAUAAACGCGAGCUUGCUCUGACCCAAGAAUAUAACAAAUUCAAAGAUAUAUUGCAGAAGUUUAAAACUCAAAGCGAGCACAAGCCGUGUCCCCUGUUAAGCUCCUUGGAAACGAUGGAAACUGGUAGUAUCACUUCCUCAGUAGAAGAACCGAAAAUGUUAGAAAGUAGUUUUUCUCUGGCAAAGGACAUCGUCAGGAAGCACAGUGGGUCUUUGAAUGAAAUUGAUAGUGAUAGCUCAGCUUCAAUUUCUGCUAUUUCUGAAUCUGGCUGGUCCAUGGAUAAUUCUACUUCUAGUCCUAGUGUAGUUCAAAAAUUUGGUCAUAAAGAUAAAAGUACAAAGCCGGUAGAUAUGACUUGCUCACUAUUGCAAGAUUUCAAAAUUAGUGUCAAAUCGUGCAAUAUUGGGGACGAAGUAGUAGUGCUGUGGGAUCCUGUUCAUACUAACUAUGUUAUUUAUCAAGUCACAAGCAAGCUCCAUUUUCUGCAUCCUGAUUCGCUAGCCAUGUUAGAUUUGAAAACUGAACCUGAUCACUUGCCCGAGAAACUAUUCAUCAUCGCAUUAGUUAUUGAAAAGGAACAUUGCGUUGCCAGAAAGCCAUCAAACCGGUACCGAGUGAAAGUAGGAGAAAAGUUUUAUAGAGUGAAAGUCACACCAACGCAAGCGUUUCUUAAAAAUCAGCCGCAGAGCAGUCAGUGAUUCAUACUAGAGUGUAGAAUCCAAUUCUCAGAUAGAAUCAAAGAAAUCUUGUAGCGAUUUCUUUAAAUAUUGUUAAAUGUCUACUUAAGUCACUAAAUUACUUUCCAAAAUGAAUAUGGCAACAUCAUGAAAAAAUUGUGAUAUAUUUUUUUUUACCUGAUUGCCGUUAAGUAGGUAGUUUUAAGGCACUUUCUUUAUGGAUUCAGUGAUUCGUACCAGUACUCAAGAUUAGUAGUUUGACUGAUGUUUUUAUUAUUUUUGACUGUCACCUAUCUUGGUCUCAGUGUUGAAGAUUUAUGCAAUGACAAUGGUUUUUGUAUAUCAUCAAUAAUUUCAUGCAUCUUUCCCUGCCUUUUAUUUGCUUUUUGUUGAGAAAGGGAGAGAAUUUUUGUAAAAGGAAGUAAGUACCUACAGAAGAAAAUUCUAAUCUUCAAAGAAAAGUAGAAAAUAGUGAGAGUAAUUUUAAGAUUUUGUUUUUUUCUCAUUGAUUUCAAUUUUGUUUGGUUCGUCGUCCUUUCUUUUUCUGUUCUUUCACAAGGAAAAAAUGAAUGUAUUUCUUGUUUAAAAGUAGUCUAAGGAAUGCAACUGUCAACUUUGAAUUAUAAGUACCUUUGAUUAAGCAUGUAGAAUGCUCUUUCAUAACAGUAAUCAAAUUUGAAUAAAAAAAAGUGCACUUGUAUUUCAUAAAUUAAAGUGGGUCAUAAAUUCAAUUUGAAUUGCCAUCUCUCUAGAAUAUGAUUUUCCCUCUGUUAUUUUACGAUUGCAAUGUUUAGUCAUUCAAUUCAAUCUUCAUAAUUUUGUUCUCCUUAAAAUGAUUCUCCUAGGUAAGUUUUUUCAAGUGAUGUUAAUAUUGAACCUGAUUUAAGUUUAGGCAGUCCUUCAUGAGUCAUCAAAUUGUACAAUUUUCUAUAGAUUUUUUUUUCCUAUUUUUGGUUUGUGAAUUUUAAUCAUCAAUGUAUCGAUUAUCAAUCACUCCUUAGCGUUGUUUUCCCCCUGAUUAUUUUAAGUAAAUGAUGAAACAAAUAAACCAUCUUGUUUUUA